ACACAGACGACACACGUCAGCGGAUGACGUCGGUCUUGUUUCAGCCAUUUGCCGUCACCUGAUACCACGACAGUCGACUACGAUAGUCAAAGAAUGAACUUCAGAUGCAAAUUAAACCCGUUUUUAACGGACGUUCUUUCGAUUCUACCGACCAGUUGACUAGUGACAACAACAAUCAUGGACGUUCUCCUGCUAGUGACUGUUGUGACGGGACUAGUCGUAUUAUUAAUUGUUCUGGCAUUAUUUUCCAGGAAAAAGACACACCUGAAGCAAAUGUCAGAGGUCGAGGAGCUCAGGCGCACGGGCAACAACCGAGGCGUGCGGCGGGAGUCAGAAAUGCGAGGCAAAGAAUGCGGGGCAAUGCUGCGGCCGAAGCUAGAAGAGGAAACGAAUCAGAUCACAGUAAUGAUGCGAACGAUGAGAAUGAGGAUGGGGACAUAGAUUUGGCAGACAGCAAACUAGGGGCUAAAAAGAGGGCUAAGCUGGAAGCUAAGGCUGAGAAAAAGCUACAAAGGGAAGCCGCAGAGCGAGAGAGAGAAGAAAGGAGAAAGAGAGAUCAACUGCUGCAGGAAGAGAGGGAUAAACAGAGCGAAAAAGAGCGGAUGGAAGAGGCUAAACUGGAGGAGGCUGAGAAGAAAGCUAGGGAAGAAAAGGAGAGAAAAGAGUACGAGGAGUACAUAAAAAUGAAGGAGGCCUUCAGCGUUGAAGAGGAGGGCUAUGAGGAUGGGGAAAAUACAGAAGAAGAGAAUCUGUUGACUAAAUUUAUAGAUUAUAUAAAAGUGAAUAAAGUUGUUGUCCUUGAGGACUUGGCAGCACACUUUAGAAUGAAAACUGUCAGUGUUAUUGAGAGAAUACAGAGUUUACAGGCUGAUGGUAAUCUUACUGGAGUCGUUGAUGACCGAGGGAAGUUUAUUUACAUUUCAACAGGAGAACUCGAGGCUGUUGCGAAAUUCAUCAGGCAGAGGGGCCGUGUUAGCAUCACAGAAUUAGCAGAGAAUUCUAAUAUAUUGAUUAAUUUAAAUCCAUCGAAGACAAACUCUGUUAGCGCAUAAAAUUCGAGUGACAGAUUCUUUGACAAUAAUGUAUUUGAAUGUUUCUUGUAUAAAUUAUUGUAAGAUAGUACUUUAUAUUUUCAAAUGUUUAUCAUUCUUUGAGGUCAUGAGAAAAACAAUUGAUCCCUCCAUUAUUAUACCUGGAUCAUGUAUUUCUAUGAGUUGCGAUUGAAAGACCAGUUAAGAACUUAUUUCCAACAAGACAGCACGUCCAGAAAUAUCAUUGAUUCGAAAAUUGGGUUUUGAAACAACCUUUACUCCAAUUUACAUUGUGAACAAAGUAUCAAACUCUCGAUCAAAAUUCAUAUAUACGUAAGCCAGUAAGUAAAUUGGUUCGGAAUUUGGAAUCAGUCAAAACCACUUUUGUUAAUACAACACAAACUGUUAAAGUGAAGGGAAACUACGAGUUGAACUUGCCGUAUCCAUUUUUUCAUUAUGCGAUAUUAAUGAACAAGUCUUUACAAAAGUACAUUAAUAAAUGUAUAUAAUAAUGAAACAAAUGUAUUUCCUAACGAGUGCUCUCGAACCAUAUCUUUGCUGAAUAAAAACAUACAAA